CGGCGGCCGGCGAUGGCCGGGGCGCUGCUGCGCGGGGUGCGGCGCUUCCCGUGGCUCUGCAACGUGCUGCUCUACGGGGGGCUGUUCGCGGCGGGGGACGCGGCGCAGCAGCUGCUGCGGGGACAGCCGCCCGACUGGGCGCAGACGCGCCGCGUGGCGCUGGUGGCCCUGGCCUUCCACGGCAACUUCAGCUACGUGUGGCUGCGGGCGCUGGAGCGGGCGCUGCCCGGCCGCCGCCCGCCCGCCGUGCUGGGCAAGGUGCUCUGCGAUCAGCUGCUGGGCGCGCCCGUCGCCGUCCUCGCCUUCUACACGGAUCAACUUGACAUCAUUUCAAUGGCUGAAACAACAAUGAUGCCUGAGGAAAUUGAGCUUGAGAUGGCAAAGAUCCAGAGACUUCGGGAAGUCUUAGUCAGAAGAGAAUCAGAACUCAGGUUUAUGAUGGAUGACAUCCAGCUGUGCAAAGACAUUAUGAACCUUAAGCAGGAGCUGCAGACUUUGGUAGCAAUCCCAGAAAAAGAAAAAACAAAGAUGGAGAAGCAGAGAGAGGAUGAGCUGAUUCAGAAGAUUCAUCGACUGGUACAAAAAAGAGAUUUUCUUGUAGAUGAUGCAGAGGUGGAGAGAUUAAGGGAAAAGGAAGAAGACAGAGAGAUGGCUGAGUUCCUUCGCACCAAGUUAAAACCCAUCGACAAAGCAACACAGUCUCCUACCAGCAGCCCAGCAGAAAAGAAGGCAGAACCUCCUCCAAGCAAGCCCACCAUUGCCAAGGCAGGGCUGGCAAUUAUCAAAGAUUGUUGUGGGGCCACGCAGUGCAACAUCAUGUAGAGAGAGCCCUGGGCUUCCCAGCCUGCUUGUCUUUUCAGUGUUUCCAUUGAGUGGAAGUGGAUGGUGAGGGGAACCAGCAGCAUCCUGCUGAGGGCAGCUGCACAGGUGUCACCUAUGGACUGCACCAUGGCAGGUUCCUCACUGUUGCAUGGAUCACUCUACACGCAUGCCUAAAACAAAGAAAUCUAUUUAGUGGCUGUCCAGGGACCAGAAGAGAUCAGCAGUAGAGUCAACAAAAACCACCCCUGUGAUACAGGCGAAUGAAAAGGGGCUAUGUUUAAUCCAGAAUGGUGUAAAACAGCAAUUUUAAUGGGCUAUAACUUUAGAAGAAUAUGUUGUACACUUUCCCCCCCGUGACAAACUGCACUCAAAAAUUGCCAAAUUCCCCUGUUUUGGCUCUUUUCAGAACAAAAGCCACAAGUAGCAAUGCUAUAUAUGGCACAACUGAUAGAGGAGGCAACUGUAGGAUAACUGAUGUUGCAUACAAAACCCCAAACUUGUGUGAUGUUCAACUACUUUGCUGUGGAGUUUCAUUUCAAAUUCUUCCUAAAGAAUGAGAUCAGUGACAAGGAUGCUGCAAGUAGCUACAGAAUUUUAUAUCCCAUAUGAUAUCUGAGUUACUCAAGUCAAAUUAAUAUUGCUUCCACCAUGGGAAAUAAAUCUCUGGCAAAGCUUUAGCAAAGCACAGCUACAGUAAUCUGCAAGUUGAUGAUGCAGUCCAAGGUUGUGUCACUUCUGUUUUAGAUCUCCAACUCCCAAGAAGUGACAGAAAUAUUCACCCAGGGUUUUGUCCAUUUUUACAAGCUACAUGCAGCAGGGAAUUACACAUCAGUGAGAGAUUGCUGGGAGAAGAACAGAAGACAAAAUUUAACUAACAUUGAAACCAUGCUUAAAACGAGUAAAAAUUGUAUAUUUUGUGACCACAAGAAAUAGAAACUAUCCAUAAAAAAGCAUAGGAAGACACAAGACACCCAAUACAAAUUGGCCACAAGACAAAUAUACAAAUACAGAAGUAGGUAUUUGUGGCAGGAAGAUCACAUUCUGUAUAAAAUGGGUUUAAAAUUAAGGGAAAUGCAGAAAUACUUGUCUGUGUUUCAUCAUUAAGUGUGUUUCUGGUCUCUAUGCAGAUUAAGCUUGUGGAAUCUAAUAUCUUUAUAUUAGCUGUCAGUAGCUGGUUUGUCUGUGUGAUGGUAUUCCAUAUAAAUGUACUGUGAUAGGUGUAAAUAGUAAAAUAAACGUACAUGGAUCUAGUGUGACAAUCUCAGGCUUAGAAAUAACAAAAGAUAGCAACAAGUUCCUAAAGUAACAUUUUGCAAAAGGAACUUCCAUUUUGUGAAGCCAGCUAAGUGAAGUGUGUGCUUAUAUACCAAGGAACCACAGUGUAGGAAAGGAGAAAAAAUUAACAGCAGUUACCCCAAAAGGAUAAACAGUUAUUUUUUUAGAGAGAAAAAGUAUCUAAUUAAGGUUGAAGGUAAUAGACACCAUCUAAAGUAACUCAGGCUAUCCUUAUAAAACCUAAUCCCUAGCACUGACUGAUUUGAUGAAAACCACUUAAUUUCCAGAAUAAUUUCAGUAUUGCAGACUCACUUGAGACAAAGAACCAACAUCACUAAGUACCUUCAGUUUUAAGGAUCAAAGAGGAAAAAACACAAAAGGUUUCCACUGAGACAUGAAGCACUUUAAUUAAUUUGACCAAAGAUGCAGGAAGGAGAACAAAGGCUGAGUCUCAUGUAUGAUUAUUGUGUCCUUGUUGAGACAUACA